AAAUAAUUAAGAAUAAGGCUGUAACCUAGCCUAAUGUGGAAAAGGUCAUGGGUUCUGAAUACUUUCCGAAGGCACUGUAUUUAGUAGGCCUAUACUAAAUACAUGCUGAUUGCUAUAAUCCUGGGAAAAAAAGUAGUUUGUAAUUUUAAGCAGAAUAUUGAUCUUGUGUUUUUUGUGCAGCUAUGCAGAAAUAAAAUGUUAUUGACGUAUAACAUGUCAACCCUCCAUACACACACCCACACAUUGCUUUGAGUCAGGAGGAUGUCAGAGCCUUUGGCGUCACAGGAAGCUACUAGAGACAUAAAAACCUGGCCUCAUCCAGUGAGCCUCUGUCUUGUUUCUAUCUACCCCUUGGCCACAUCUGCGUAAAUUGAGUAGUCUCCUGAGCAACAGAGCAGAAGAGUGAGACGUAUUCUCUUUCAAUAAGCCUAUAGAGCCAUACAGACAUAUACUGUAGCUAGAGAACAGCUGGUCAUGGGGAAUUGCACCGUCAAAGUUCGAUCCAAUAUGCCAACCCUUGAGAAUCCAACUGAACCUGCAAUGUCAGACAAUAACAGGCCCAUGGUGGUGUCCCUUUAUGACUUCCCCUCCCAAGAUCCCUUGGAAUCCAGCAUCCGCAUGGGGGAGAGGCUCACUGUGUUAUCAGAUGAUGGGGAUUUUUGGAUGGUGCGAUCCACAACAACAGGCAAUGAGAGUUACAUCCCCAGCCACUACACUGCCAGAGUAAUAAACAGGUGGCAGUAUAACGGCAUCAGCAGGUUAAAUGCAGAGGAGCUGCUGCUGAUGCCACACAAUUACACAGGGGCUUUUCUGAUACGACAGAGUCAGACAAACACAGACACCUACUCGCUCUCGGUCCUUAGGAGGACCGACUCCUCGUACAUGGGCACAGUGAAACACUACCGCAUCCGUCGCCUCCAAAACGGCUGGUUCUACAUCUCCCCCAGCCUCACCUUCUACACCCUGGGCCAAUUGGUGGAACACUACUCUGAGUCAGCAGAUGGGUUGUGCUGUUUACUGAGGGAGCCUUGCAUCAUCCAAGGCUCAAACAAUACUACUAUGACCAGACCGUACCCCAAAGCUAUCAGGAGGCCCACCCUCAACUGGAAGGACGUAGACAGUUCAAUGAUCUUCAGUAAGGGCAGAGUGGAUUCAGCGGACUCUCUGGUGAGCAAGGGGCUGAGGGAGGCCAUGAGCUCAUACCUCUACAUGACAGAGGCCAGCUGACAGGACUGUGGCAAACACUGGGAUACCUGAUGAGAGGGAAGACUGAGAGUAAAAUAAUAAUACAUAAUACUGUCUGGUCUGCCGCUGCCCCGGCCCAACGGUACUAGGCCAGAAAGGGUGACCUAAACAAAAGCAUAGAGGAAGCUAAAAAGAAGUAAGCCUACCAUUUACAACCACAAUGAAAAAAUGAAAACUACAUGCACAAUUCAUGUCUUGAUGGUAAAAUGUGGGUUUGGGUUCAGGUAGCCACAAGGAGCCGUGUUACUUGGCACUUCUAAUGCUACUGGUUCUUGUUCUCAAGUGCAAGACCGAGUUUGGGAAACUGCUCCUUCUGGGGAGUGACAAUAUGGCCGACCAGUGGCCUUAAAGGCUCUUAUUGGCUAAUACAUAGUAUCAGCAAUCCAGGGUUUAUAUACAUUGGAUGGAACUCAAGAGGUCUUAUGAUGUGAGGAGGAGCACUUCCUUUUAGCUCAUGGAAAGUUUCAUACUGCUUCUCCACACAGAAACACCUAUGCAUUGGUCUAUUUUAAACCAAAGAAGGAAGAUCACUGAAAUACAAUAAUGUUGUAUCUGGACUAAAGGUAGAACCCAUUUUUAGUUUCAUAUGCAAUCUGUUUGUACGAAUGAAAUGCCAUGUAUGAGUAAAGGAUGUCACGCUGCUUGCAUAACAAGAAUCAAUUCCUCCCAUACCUGGCGCGAACUCGGGACUUCUGCCUUCCUAGGACACGUGACCACCCUCCUGAAGCAUCUUUCCACUCGACGCCACGCGAAAGGCGCAAAUGGAGACACUUAAGGCUGAGGAGUACAUUUCACACAUUCCCAUAUAACUUGAAACUAACUCAGACGUUUUUACCAGAAUGUGGCUGCGGGUGAGAAUGAGUAAUAAAUAAAUACAGUUCUGAGUGAC